CCCAAACGUCAAUCACCACACGGACACCAUGAGAACUUGAAAAGAAGGCCAGGUAUGGGUAUGCAAGCUACUCCAGCGAGGAAGAAGAAGGCUCGAACAGGUAGCAAGGUAUUAGGGAAGCAUCGGGAUGCAUUCCACUCCCCGCGCGGGGGCGUAUUCUCGGGCUUCUCGAACGGUUCUCACGACACCAUCUCGCCCCGCUCGACUUGGGGAAGAUUCCGACCUAACGUCGACAAGCUCUUUGCCCGUCUCCUCCAUGGCGGAUCCUAGCGAUACAGGAUUCUUUGCCCCGCCCGCAAUCAAUGCGAGUCCUUCUUUUCGCUGUGGUUCAGGAGAAGAGAUCCCUCAGACCGCUGAAUUCGAUCUCACCGCUAAGCCGAAGCUUUUCCACACUGCCCGAGCUCCCAACAUCGAUUGCUCAUACUCGACAGACGGACAACAUUCAGUAACCAGGAGUGCGGGAGGAGAAACUCUGUUCCCAGGUCUCGAGGAGGUGAUCGUACCUGUCAACUUUGCUACCUCCUCCUUCACGUCAAGAUCGUCGGGCGAUGAGGGGUACCGGUACCGGGACACAUUAGCAACAAUCAAGCCUGGCUCAUCGUCCGGGUCUGAAAUGACAGGCAGGUCUUUCCACGAUCAAAGCGCGGUGCAUGCGAAGCGAAUGGAUCAACAUCAGUCCAUCACCCACGAGGACUUCAGUGUGCCUCUCAAUGACUCGACACAGAGGUCUGAACACAGUGCAUCCUCUCGAGGCCCGUCCCGCUCUACCGGAAACGGGAUGAAGAGGAGUGUGGCCACCUCUGAUAUGCAGAGCUCCCGGACUACCAGCGGUAAAUUCCGAUCUAAAACUCCAAUUGUCCAGAGAGCCACCAGUGCAGGUCGAUGGAUACCUCAAGGUGGCAGCUCGGUACAUGGGCGUCCGUCGACUCCUUAUAGGCAGAACACUCACACCCGAUCUGUACCUUUCGAGCCUGUCUCCUCGCAGUCCGACUUACCUGGGUCUUCUACCGAUGAGGUUCGGCAAAAUGAGGGUUCACAUGGACAUUUAAGGACUGAUGAAGAAGCUAUUUCAGACAGAGCAGAGGAGCUACCCGAUGGAUCUCAGCUUCCAACUUGCGGACGCCUCUUGAUUUCGAACCAGCGCUUGAUUGGGACCAGUCAGGUUGGCCUGGAAGAUUCUUCAGACAUCUUCUCAUCUGUUGAGGAGGCUCGCGGCAGGUCCCAAAUGGUACAGGAUGGCGGCUCGAAACGAAAUGAAGCUUUAGCUCAGAUCUGGAACGUCUCAGAUUGGGGUGCCCCGUUUGCUCAGAGGCCUCUGGAUAACUUUGGCUUUCCGAGUCCAGGCGUGGACGAUGUCGUCGAAAUGUCAAGUCUCGUACGAGAGUCGGUUCAACCGGAACGAUUUGUGCUUUCCUCGCAGCUCGAUGGAGAUAUGCCUCACGCUCGAUCCAGCUCUCCACUUGCCUUCUCCUCUUCAAACUCCUCUUCUGGGUACUCGAAGACUCGCACACCUACAGCUGAGACCCACUGCCAACGGAGGCGAUAUGGCUACACUCCGAGCCUGGUAACCCUGCCCGAUGAGGACGAAUCUGGAGGUCUUCGGGGAGUCUGGAGAGGCGCGGAGGUCCUGGCUCGGAUGGAAGGCGAAGGCGAAGGCGAAGAUGCACAGCAUGCAGAUGAAGAGAAGGUUGGGAUCGACAAAGCAACUAAGGCUUGUAAGGGCAAGCGACGAGAGCCCGCACUCGAUGGUGGCAUCGACCUGGAAGGAGUGAGUCAGCCCGAAGACUUUGUCCGGACACCCUCAUUGACCCAAAGCUUGGACAGGAGGCGGAGCAAGCUAGACAAAGACGAUUGACAUACUUCCGAGAUCUUGAUAUGAAUUACCGUCUCCGAGUGGAGUACGUCAGGCUGCUUAGGGGCUGAUAGGCGAGGGCUUAUUCUGACGGACUC